AAAUACCCAGGAUGGCCUUUGUAUCGUUGGUAGUGAUUGUUCAAUUUCUACAAAAUCAUCCAGGUUUGAAAAAUGGCAAUGCGAUUUAUCGUAGCCAUUGCUUUGAGUGCUCUCAUUGGAUUAAGCUGUGGUCGUCCAACUACGGACUCGACAACAGAUGAUACAGGAAGUAGCAAAGCACAACCUUACAUAGUGUAUCCAGGAUCGAACGGUGCCAACCCAACAUACCAGAAGGACAUUGAUAUUUCCUUUUUGUACAAUUGGUUGAAGACACAUAAGAAACAUCGCUUUCCGAAACCUGUUGCUGAAACUAAACCGAAUCCAGAACCAGUGUCUGAGCCGAAACCCGAACCCUAUUACCCUUACAUGCCGAACGUGGUGCCACCGCACACACAUGUACCGAAGCAAACACUUGGCCACACGCAUACUGUUACGCACAGCAGGACCGCCCACCAUGUCCUACCACCACAGUUCCCUUAUGGCUAUAACCCGUUCCCUUAUGGCUUUCCUUCUCGAUUCCAAAUUCCGCCAUUCCCCUACCCAACAAUGAAACCGGUCAACAGAUACCCAUUUCCACCUACUUUCGGUUUCCCUUUUAAUCAGCAACAGAAAGAGCAAAAAAAUCAAGGGCAAGUACAAAAUAAUUAUUACCCAAAGUACCCUAUAUUCCCACCGACUAUAGGGCCAGUGGGACCAGUUAGAAGCCCUUUCUUGCCGCCAUACCAACCUGCACCAUACCCAAUACCAUUUACAGGGUUUCCAUAUGGCCAACCAAAUGUCGGAAAAUUCGGAGGCUACGCUACCAAUGUUUACAAUUCUGUGGGCAAUGGUAAUGGUGUGUACGGAAACCGUUUUAUUAGUCCUGGAUCUUAUGGUUUUAGUGGAAUAUUGAACGCCAUUAAAGGAAGCAGUUCCAUUCCCUUCCCAUCGAAACCCUACCCGAUCUUUCCAUCGCAACCAAGAUAUGGUUAUUAGCCUGUCAUUCUCAAUUAGAUGAUUGAGUUAGCAUAAUGACGACUAUUAAUUAACAUGGUUGGAGGAAAUGAACGAUAGACAACGAACUAAUGGAAAAUGAAAAAAUGAAAAUGAAAUAAAGAAGACGGAGUCGGAAAGAUACCAGAAACCAUCAAGGCAAACUAGAAGCUGACAAAAUGCAGAAAACUUUAUCAGAAUCAAAGAAUCUAUGAAUCUGGGAAAAGUGUCUGGUUGUCCAUAGCGCUGCCACAUUGCUGGGUUUGUUCUUUCAAAAGAGAAUAUCUCACUCCGAAUGAGAUUUGCAAAUAAACGUUGCAAUUCUUUAUAAAAUGCA